AAUACAACUCCGUGGACUGUCCUGCGAUCGAUCCAACCUGAUCAACGUCGUCUGUUGUUUCGAACUCUCCCAGCCUUCUGCGCCGAGCCCUCUUCACCAAUAGCGGGGGCAGAAGUAAGACGAGUCUCGCGUACGAAGGUACAUCAUUGCAUCACCAGGAUCACCGAGUUUUGGAAUAGUUACACUCCUUUUAGCACACGUCCUCAAGUCAUAUCGAAAAGGGCCCCAAGGGACCUACAACAUGUCUCGCUACGGGGGCCGCGAACGAGGUGAGCGCUGGGACAGUGAACGCUUUGAGAUCGAGCGCGAUCGCAAUCGCUUUGGCACUGAAACACGAGAGCGCUUCGAAGAACACGACUCACGCUUUCCCCGCGGAGGCGGGUACGCCGUUGACGACGUUUAUGAGCGAGAACGAUACGGUCCAAGAGGUGGUUAUGAGGAUGAUAGAUUUGAAAGAAGAGAGUAUUAUGACGACGAGCCACGAUAUGCAAGAGAGAGAUCGACUGGCAGGGACAGGGGACGCAGCAUUACGUUUGAGAAGGAGAGGGAGAGGGAGUACUAUAGCCCUCCACGAUAUGAAGCCCCCCCGAGGCCGGGAAUAAUCAGGAGACAGAGUAGCUUGGAUACGUUUGAUCGGGGACCACUUGCGAGAUUCAGAGAGAGGGAGGAAUAUGGUCCUCCUGCGAGAAUCUACAGGGAGGAGGUUAGGGCCCCGCCACCCCCUCCGUUAACUCCUAUUCCAUUACCAAGGACGAGGGGACUCCCACCGCCAAGACGAUAUGCCGAGAGGGAUUAUGAGGACAUCAGGAUUGCUGAGCCAGAUUACUAUGGAGAUGACGAGUUUAGGGGCUACCCAGAGCGCGUCGUGGAAAGGGAGAUUAUCAGGAGACGGAGGAGAAGCAGAAGCAGAGAGAGUAGAAGUACCAGGGAAAGCGCGCGAAGUAGCAGCAGCAGCAGCUCGAGAUCCGCCAGUCCUGUCAGCGAGGUUGCCAAGAGCGAGUUUCCUAAGAGGGGAAAGACGAGAAUGCCUGCCAAACUUGUGAGCAAGAAAGCAAUUAUCGAUUUGGGUUAUCCUUUCGAGGAAGAGGGCGAUGUGAUCAUUAUCCAGAAAGCCCUCGGCCGCGAAAAUAUCGACGAGGUUAUUAAGCUGAGCGAGGACUACAAAGCGUCAGAGAAAGCCGAAAUGUCCGGGGCCCGCUCUGAAGCCGGAACCGUCAUUGAAGAGCGCGUCACGAAAGAGGUCAUCACGGCACCCUCGCCACCACCGGGGAAGAACCUCGAGGUAGCCAAAGAAACCAAGAUUGUGGAAACACGAUCUCCAUCCCCUCGCCGCCAUCAUCAUAACAAUGCCAUUAUCAUCGAUGCUGGCCGCCCCCGUGAGGAGAGCACACUCGUUGAGCGGCACAGAGAAGUAACCGACAUCUCGGACCCUAUGACAGUUGGACCUCUCGCGCUGGCAGCUUCCAACGACCGACACGGCUUGCGAGACGAGCGUGCAAUUCGCGCCGAGAUCAGGGCCUUAGAAGCAGAGAAAGAGGCUCUCCGAGCUCAGAGACGACGCCGCCGCUCAGGCCGCCGUCACAGUCACCGCGUUUCCGAAACCGAUUUGGUGCUGUACGAGAGAGAUACGUAUGAGAGACCCGGAGAGGAAAUUACCCUGGUUAAACGAGAGAGACUUGAACCUGAAGCAACAGUGAGGAUUGAGAAAGACAGAAAAGGUAGGAUGUCAAUCAGCGUCCCGAAAUACAUCUGAACGAUCCUUAUCCUUUGGUGGGUUCUUGGCCCUGGCUGGGAGUUCUGUAAGAGUUUCGGCUGAUUCGUUGUUUGUUUUAGGGCCGCCUCCUAGGUUGGUUAGAGCUAUGCUGGCUACUCUGACUUAAAGUAUGG